AUGUUGAGGACGCCGCCAGUGAAGAAAGGCGGGAAGGACGAAGAAAAAGGCGCGGACGGGAUGAGCUCACAAGAGAAUCUGACGGCCAAAGAGGUAGAUGGCGCAUUGAUUGGAUUCAGUAAGGAGAAUGGGGGUAGGAACCAGGGAGAUCGGGGAAACACCGGCGAGCAAGUGGAGACAACUAGUGGAACGACGCGAGUUUCGGCGAUAGCGAUCGAAGACAUGAAGGUAAAACAGUUACGUGAGCAGUUAGAAAAACUAAAUUUGCCGACAGGCGGGAAAAAAUCGGUGCUUGUGGCACGCUUACGGGACGUAAUGGAGCGCGAGGAUGAAGACGAUGAAGACGAUGAAGGCGAACAAUCCGAAAGAGAUAGCGAAAGUGAACAAUCUGAGGAAGAGGAACAAACAGACAGAGCAGCAAAUGGCGAACGGACAGAAGAUGAGGGAACAAGAAGAGUCAGACGACAAACACAGAGGGUGGAACGUCGAGGUCGAGAACGAGCUGAAGGCGAUAUACCAAGAGCGACAAUGGUGCCGGUGGCAAACACUUUUACGAUCAAAGAUGUGGAAGGGAGUAUUUCGUUUUUCACAGGCGAUGAUAAAAUGCCCAUACGACAAUGGAUAUCUGAGUUUGAAGAUACGAGUGCAUUGUUACGUUGGAAUGAAUUGCAGAUGGUGAUUUAUGGGAAAAAAAUGCUUCAAGGGUCAGCCAAAGAGUUUAUAGCAUUAGAACGCGGGCUAAUAACAUGGAAGAAGCUCAAAGAUAGUCUAAUAAAGGAGUUCGAAAUUGAAACCAAUAGUGCAACCAUUCACUCACAGCUGCGGACACGGAGAAAACAAACGAAUGAGACGUCGCGACAGUAUAUUUAUGCGAUGCAAACCAUUGCCAAACAAGGGUAUGUAGAAGAUGAAGCUAUUAUCCAGUACAUUAUAGAUGGGGUACAGGAUGACGAGUCAAAUAAACAGAUUUUAUACAACUCACGAUCGCUCAAGGAGUUGAAGAAAAAUUUCGAACUCUACGAUCGCAUGAAGGAAAGAUCUGGGCGAAGGAAACAACCACCCAAAGAGGAGGUAAAGUCCAAGACGUAUAAAGAUAAAAAAGAUGACAAGCAGGGAACGAUGAAAAAAAUCCGUUGUUUUGGAUGUGGGUCAAAGGAUCAUGAAGUAAAUAAUUGUCCUCAUAAAGAAAAAGGACCAAAAUGCUUUAAAUGUGAUCAGUUUGGUCAUAUUGCGCCGAAAUGCGAGAAGGUGGGAAAAUCCAGUAAACGCGGGGAGUCGGUCAACUGUGUAACAAUGUCAGGGGAAGAAGUCAGUGUGCGAUUGAGUAACAAUGAAAUUUCAGCGCUACUUGAUACCGGAAGUGUUAACACCGUGUUGCGAAACGAUGAAUUUCGGAAAAUCAGUAACGCUCCUCUGAAAAGGACCGAGCGUAUUUUUAAGGGGUUUGGGAACACGCGUACCAAGGCCAUCGGAGUCUUCGAUGCUGAAAUUUGGGUUGGGGAUGACCUUUAUCGAAACGAGGUUUACGUUGUCCCGGUCGAGGUGAUGGAUUCCAAGAUGUUACUGGGCAAAGACAUUCAAAAGCAAAUGGUGAUAAACAUCGAUGGGGGAAAACUCACAAUCCGGAAAAAAUAUGCGAAGGACGAAGAAUUAGCAGUAAAAAGACCAAAUGAGGACGAAAUCAAGGAAACAGAUAGUGAGGAAGGAGUGAGUCGACAGCUUUUGCAGAUAAACUACGUUGAUCAAGAUACCAUCGAAGUGCGAGAACCGUACAAGCAACGAAUUCAACAGCUUAUGGAAGAUCACAAGCCGAGCAAACAAGUACAGACCAACGUGGAGACGAAAAUUGUACUAAAGGAUGAUGAGGUAGUAUGCGCGAAGCCACGUCGAUUGUCAAUUCAAGAAAAAGAUAUCCUCGAAAAACAAGUUGAUGAGUGGCUAAAAGAGGGGAUUGUACGACGUAGCAUAGCCCAUACUCAAGUGCCGUGGUUAUUGUGA